GGUUCAGGGUCCUGUGUGCUGGCUGUGCAGGGUCAGGCAGGGGUGGGGCCGGCUGCCACGGUGUUCGGGCAGCUGGGUCACAACCAGCUCCCUGGGGAGAAGGAAGCAGCCUGCUCCCUCCAGGGCUGACUUCAAGCCGCUGUUGGCAUCACUGAAUGAGGAGCUGGGUGGGACAAGCUGGUUCUCACUCACCCCAGCAGCUCCAGUCGCCACGAGAUGGACCGGAGGGGCAAGGGACCAGGCGGGUGUGGUCUGUGUUCAGGGUCCUCAUCCCCCAGCCUCCUGUGACCCCAGAAGGCUUGUGGGACGGAGGGGCAGAGGCAUGCAAAGCUGCCCUCUGUUCCUCGUCCCUUGGAGGGAACAGUCCUCUAUGCACAGUUUAGGGUCAGCUCCGCACCUGCUGAGGCCCGUUAGCUCCUCCCCACGGACCACAGGCCCUGCCCACGGGCUGGUGCAGGGGGGACCCGAGAGCCCACACUCGGCACAGAGGCUGUGCAGGGCUGGAGUGGUGGGGGGCUUCCUGGAGGAGAGGGUGCUGAGGUCACCACGGGCGAGGGCAGCACAGAGGGAGGAGGUAGGCUCGAGCCCCCCAGAUCGGCCUGGGUGUGGGGCAGGGCUGAGCUGGGAGAGGGCAGGGGCCCCUUGGAGCCUUGGGUGCCAGGCUUGGGCCAGCCCCCACCCGGGGGGCUGGUGGGAGCAGGAGGGCUUGGCCUGCAGCCUGGAUGCCUCCGUCCUGCCCUGGGAGGGCUGAGGGGCCUCCUGGUGAGAGACGGAACUGGACACCUCCUGACAGCGGCAGGUCAGUGUGGUGCGGGGCUGGGCAGCCGGCGCUGAGGGAAGGGGUGUGCUGGGCUUGGGACCAGAGGCGGGUGCGCGUGGGGGUCACUGGUGCAUUCCUAGCGUGUCUCGUCAGCCACAGGCCGAGCGGGUUUGCUGCUCUGGAGCCUCCAGGAGGGCGGGGGACUUUCCGUCUCAGUGCUGUCCUGCUUCCUGGUGUUGCUGGGCAAAAGCCUGGGUGUCUGCCCGGGAGACACCCCAAGGCCCCUGGGCGUGAGCUCAUGGCCGGGCCCGAGGGCGGGGGCGCCGGGAGCGUGCUUUCCCACAGUGAGGGCCAGACACGCAGCAGGGACGCCUUGGAGCCCCGGGCCCCCCGGCCCAGCCCUGCCCUCUGCUCAGCUCCCUGGCCCCUUCCCCACCCUGGGCAGCACUGAACGGGGCUGCCAGAAUGGCUGUGAACUUACGGAGUAAUACACGCUCCUCAUGGGGGGAGUCGUGCCAAUACAUCAGGCUUAGUACACGACCCCCCCGGUCGUUGUCCUCCUGGAGCUCCCGUCAUGGGGCAGAGUCCCCGCACCCUCUCAGACGUGGUGGCCGAGGGCGGAUGGCACUCAGCCUGAGCCCCCUUCACUCCCUGGUCCCCACCUCCCCUUAGGGCUCUUCCUUCUCUGCUGCGGCCCCUCCUGUCCCCCACCCCACGGCCUCCAUGUGGGCUCCCUCUUUCUAGCACCUGCCCACCUUUUCCUGUCCCUUGGAGGUCAGCGUCUAGGACGGCUGCAGUCACCCCAGCUCCCCGCAGCUCCCCGCAGCUCCCCGCAGAGGUUGGCGGUGGGGAGCGGAGCGUGGCUGAGAGCCUCCAGGGUAGGGAGGGGAAGGCAGCGGCCACCUGGGCCUCCAGCAGCAACCCUGUGAGAGCUCACUGUCCCCCUGGCCCAGCUCCGUCCCCGAGGCCCCCGCGGGGUGGGCAGGGGUGACUUACCCACAGGCCUCCGUCCCUCCUCUCCCCCUCGCACCUGGGUUCCACUCACACCUGAGCCCCCACCGCUAAACUGGACCCCAGGAAGGCCCUGUCUGACCAGUUACUCAGUCCUACCCUCGUCCACGUGGUGGGCACACAUCCCGGAGCAGGUGGGCAAGAGCGGUACCCAGGCUGACCUGGCCUCAGUGGCUAGGAGGGCAGGUGGGAGCUGCUGGGCCGUCAGGGUGGAGCCCUGGGUGUUUGGGCAGCUCAGGGAGAGGCCACCCUGGUGGGUGCAGGUGUGGCUGGCCUGGCUUGGCCGCCUCAUCACGGGGAAGUGGGCCAGCUCCUCGGCUGGCUGGAGAUGGUCUGUCGGGGUGGCCCCACCCACCCACCGCUCCCAGCCAGGGUGGUGCUGCAGCCUGCCUAGUGACAGGUGGUGAGGCCGGGAGGCCAGUCCUGCCACUGCACCCGCCAUGGUAUCCCAGGGCCAGGCUCACCCGGGCCCCCAGUACAUGGGCCUCUGGGACUUCGAGGUCCGGACGGAUGAGUUGCUGAGCUUGGGCGGGGAUCUGUUCCACGUGGCCAGGAAGGAGGAGGAGCGGUGGUGGGCCACAUUGCUGGAUGCGGCGGGCAGGGCUCUGGUCGAGGGCUACGUGCCCCACAACUACCUGGUAGUUGGUAGCUCAGGACCGCCCCCGCCCCUCUGGUGGUUCUUUGGGUGCAUCUCGCGCUCGGAAGCCCUGCAUCGGCUGCAGGCCGAGGGCAUCAAGUCAGGGGCCUUCCUGGUCAGGGUCAGUGAGAAGCCGGGCGCUGACUAUGUUCUCUCAGGUAGGGACAGGCUGGCCUUGAGGCAUUACAGGAUCUUGGCGCAUGGCCGGCUGCACCUCAGCGAGGCUGCGUCCUUCCCUGGCCUGGCCGAGCUCCUGGAGCACCACAAAGCCCAGAGCCUGUCCCACGGCCUGCGGCUGACCGUGCCCUGCUGGAAGCACAAGCCCAAGCCCCUGCCCCACUGUGAAGACUGGGAGACACCGCAGGAGGAGUUCACGCUCUGCAGGAAGCUGGGGUCUGGGUACUUUGGGGAGGUCUUCAAAGGCCUCUGGAAAGACUGCAUCCGAGUGGCUGUUAGGGUGAUUGCUCGAGAUGACCUCCUGCACCAGCACACGUUCCAGUCGGAGAUCCAGGCCAUGAAGAAGCUGCAACACAAGCAUGUCCUGGGGCUGCACGCCGUGGCAUCCAUGGGGCACCCCGCGUACAUCGUCACAGAGCUCAUGCCCAAGGGGAGCCUGCUGGAGCUGCUGUGGGACUCCGACGAGACAUCCCUGCCCAUCUCGGAGCUGGUAGACUUCGCAUCACAGGUGGCUGAGGGCAUGUGCUACCUGCAGUCACAGAAUUACAUCCACCGGGACCUGGCUGCCAGGAACAUCCUCGUGGGGGCCAACAACAUCUGCAAAGUGGGGGACUUUGGGCUAGCCAGGCUCAUCAAGGAGGACGUCUACCUUUCCCACGACCACAACAUCCCCUACAAGCAGACCGCCCCCGAGGCCCUCUCCCGAGGGCUUUACUCCAUCAAAUCUGAUGUCUGGUCCUUUGGGAUUCUUCUCCAUGAGAUUUUCAGCAGGGGUCAGGUGCCCUAUCCAGGCACGUCCAACCACGAGGCCUUCCUGAGGGUGAACUCAGGCUACCGCAUGCCCUGCCCCCCGGAGUGCCCGCCCGCCGCACACAGGCUGAUGCUCUCGUGCUGGUACAGGGACCCCAAGCACAGGCCCUGCUUCAAAGCCCUGCGGGAGAAGCUCUCCAGUAUCAGCAGGUACGAGAACCCGCUCUGA